AUUGACGAAGCUGGGGGUAUUUCUGUCAGUAAGUCCACCAUAUCUAGUCGCUAUUGAUAACUAGUAACAAUUGAUAAGUAUUGGCUCAUGUUCGCCGUUCAGUGUUUUUAUGCAGAACGAGUAUGGAUAAUCACGGGUAAAAACCGCUUGAUCACAGGCAUAAUUUGUGUGCUUGCCACUACAUCGUUUGUUUGUGGCAUGAUCCUUAGCGGUUUAAUAUUCCACACGAGAAGCGCUGAAGUUCUAUUCAGCACACAGUUGUCGCCAGCAUCGACAUCCGCUAGUGCAAUAUGUGAUGUUUUCAUUACAGGGUCAAUCUGGUUGUUCAUACGACCAGCACGAACAGACAAUAUUCGGGUAAAGUCAAAGAGUCACGUCAAUAGAAUGAUGUGGAUUUUUAUCCACAUGGGUUUAUUUUCCUGCAUUGUGGCGACAACGACGGCUGUUCUUUAUCAGUUUCAGGAUAGUGUUAUUGGACAGUUCUAUGCCGCUGCGCCCGGAGCAGUGAUAGGAAAAUCCUAUACUAAUUCGAUGAUGGCGGUGCUCAACGCUAGGAAGUCUAUCCGUGAACAGGAACGACUUGCCUGCAACACAUCGGAUAUGAUAUCUUUCAUAUACGGCCUCUUUAAUCCUCGGCCAGAAUAUGGGAGCAUGCCAUCUAUCCUACGACUCUCCUUCUAACUCCUCCAUCAUAAUACAUUAUAUACUCAAUUCAAGUACCAUAAUGCUAUCUUUGUAUCACAUCGAAGGUCAGGCUCAUCAUCGAAAGCUGGGGUGUCGGCGACCCGGGCGGGGCUAUUUGCGAGUGCUGUCCUGAUGCGGCCUGUGAAUAUCAAGUUGGACAGACGGCUAACCGGUCGAGUUCACGCGCAGGCCCAUCAGGGCUAAUGGGGAAUUCUGGCGGGGAGCUGGAUGUAUAUGAGCAAAGUG